AUGUCCACCCAGCCCCCAUCACCACAUGUAGGGGUCAUUGUGAAUCCGUCUGCGCGCCGUGCUGCCUGCGACCAGUGUCACACCCAAAAGCUGCGUUGUACCAAGCUGGAAGACUGCACGGUGUGCGUUCGAUGUCAGCGUCUGAACCGGCAAUGCAUUUGGAGUCCUCCAUCGCGGAGUGGCCGUCCGGCAAGGACUACUGCCAAGGAAACGCUGAUGAGGCGUUCUGGUCGCUCUGAACUUACUGCGCGGGAGAAGCAUCGCAAACGAUCGUCUAAUAUUCUAGACAUGACACCAGAAGAGAGCGGUCACUCGGACGGUGCGCGAGAGCAUGUUCACUCCAACCCUGGCAAGACUCUCACUCCCCCUUCUCCUUCUCCUCCUGUCGAAAUAGCAGAGGUACCGCCGUCAUCAAGGCCUCCUUCCAGUGCAGAAUGGAACAUGUCCGAUAUUCUCACCUUUCCAAGCCCGCGUGAUAGCUCACGGGAGAAUCUCUUCCCCCCUUGGUGGGUAUCAGAUAGCGUUGUUCCUUCGAUGCCCAAUUUGACCGAGUAUUUCCAACUGCCUGUCAAUGGAUCAGCAAGCCCGGGCGAUCAACCCGGAAUCCCCGAAGAUAGAAGCGCACCCUCAGGACUCGAGUCUCUGCGCGACAUUACUCGAGAGCUCUCCAACGUCAACCUGUCGUUAUUGGACCUCGAGCAAUCCCUCCACGCCGAGCCAUGGGGUCCGAUGUUCGCAUCUCCAGCCGCCGUGAUCACCAAACUAAGCGCCUGUGGCAGCGGUGACCAGCUGGACGGCACGCUCGCUCACGGGUAUCCAUUAAUCGAAAUAUUCAAGCAUACACAGCGCUUCAUCGACAUUGCAAAGCAAACAAGCGUUUAUUUCGCAUCACUGCCCACCACGUCUGCAUCAACGUCGACCUCGUCCUCCACAGCCCAGCCACCAUCACACCCAGACAGCAACGACACCUCAAGCCAGGGGUCAUCUCCAUUCUCCCGUCCAGGAGACGGGCAUCUUCCGUACACUGCGUCUUCACCCAGCACGACCCGAGGAGACCGACUAGUCUGCACAGCAAGCAGCUGCGAUUCACCCACCGCGCUUCUCUUCACUGCUGGCUACGCGCGGAUUCUCGACAUUUACCUGACCGUCCUCACACAGACGUCGAAUUUUGUUCACGCACUCUCCAUGCAGUCGAGGUCCGGGGGCCCGGACUAUCGCCAACGAAUGCACCCGGUUAUCCCACCGUUGCAGUGGGGUGGAUUCCGGCCCGCAAAUUACGGUGCCUUGCAGAUCUUAAUGAUCAUCCAGGUGAUCUCCUAUCUCCUCACAGAGGUUGAACGGGCCCUUGGCAUCGACGAGUGGGAGCAUGAGGUGAUGAUGCGCGAGCAAUCCCAAGCUGCGGAGAGGAGAUCCCACUCUUAUCCUCAGGUGCAUGGGCAGUCCUGUCGAAGUGAUGAUUUCGAGGGAGACCGUGUUGUUCGAACUCGGAGGAGGUUGCUCAGCCCUGCUAUGAUUGAGCUUGUCGUUAAAGGGGAGGAGUCAGGAAACAAUGACUGCCAGAGGGGGAAGAUUGGGGCGUUGCGGAGAGAACUCCGACAGCUGAAGGAGGAGAUUGAGAAUAGUAUGCACAUUUAG